UCAGCCAUUGAUUCAUCGUGAUAUUGGCGUGUCUGCCAAAGAGGGCAUAAAGUUGAAAGGGCCAUUCUCAUCCUAUCAGGACAACUUGGAGUCAGCUAAGAGAGAAUUUGACCUGUCAGACUCCAUGUACUUCGCAAAAUCUGGAGCGGAGGCAAUCAUUGAAGAUGAAGUCACAAGUUGUUUUUCUACAGCAGAAUUACCGUCAUGGAACUUCCUGACCAGGACCAAUCAAGGCUAUCAGUUUAUUAGUGUACGCCUGACCAUACUCUGGUGGUUAGGAUGUAUAUUCAGAUAUGCCUUUCUCUUCCCGUUCAGAUACUUGUUGGCGGUCAUUGGAGUAGGAUGGCUUAUUAUAUGCACCGCAUUCAUUGGCUAUCUUCCUGAAGGACAACAUUUCCCCCUGGUUGAUAGAUUCAAGAGACAAAUGAACAGUUAUGUGACUUUAAUGUGUUAUCGUAUACUGUCCAGGGCAUGUUCACUCAUCAUUACGUAUCACAAUGAGGAGAAUAAAGCCAAGAAUGGAAUUUGUGUGGCCAACCAUACUUCCCCAAUUGAUGUCAUCGUGUUGUCGUGUGACAACUGUUAUGCCCUGGUUGGUCAAGCCCAUUCCGGGUUUUUAGGAGUGAUACAGCGGGCCAUGGGACGUGCCACUUCACAUAUCUGGUUUGAGAGGUCGGAGAUUAAAGACCGAGAAGCUGUAGCUAAAAGAUUACAGGAGCACGUUGAAGACGAGAAUAAGUUACCUAUCCUGAUAUUUCCUGAAGGCACUUGUAUAAAUAAUACAUCAGUUAUGAUGUUUAAGAAAGGAAGUUUUGAAGUGGGUGGGAAAAUAUACCCAGUAGCAAUCAAGUAUGAUCCACUAUUUGGAGAUGCAUUUUGGAACAGCAGUAAGCAGUCAAUGGUUCGUCACCUGAUAAACAUCAUGACAAGCUGGGCUCUGGUUUGUGAUGUGUGGUACCUCCCUCCCCAGGAGAAGCAGCCUGGAGAAGAUGCUAUACAGUUUGCCAACAGAGUGAAGGCCCUUAUAGCCAGUAAAGGAGGACUUGUUGACCUGGAAUGGGACGGCCAGUUAAAGAGGAAGAAAGCAAAGGAAGAGUGGAAAGAGAAAGCUAAGGAAGAUUAUAGCAAGUUGAUAAAAGUGGACUAAAGAGACCUCCUUACUGCCCGCUCCCUAGGGUGGUGUCUAGACUUGUGCAGCUGAGUGUGAAAGGUUGUGAGAGUUAGGUCACAGCAUGCAGCCCGACUAACAGGGUUACUACUAACAGUACUGAUAAGUGUCUUCUGACCAGUAGGUUAGGAGAAGAAGAGUGACACUGACCAUAGAUAGUUGUCUGGUGGAAAUGUCUACAUGUAUUUGUAUUGUAUUUUUUUCUUCUUGUUUAGAUGUAUCAUGUAUAAAUGCCUGUACAGUGUACAUAAAUAUCAACGAUCUUGUACAUAGAUGUACAGUACAAACAUUAGUUAGACUGAUACUUUCAGCACUGCUUGUUAAUGCUUGUGACAUGUCUCUGUCAGAGGCUUGCUACAUUUAGAGCAAGUCUCUCUGUGUUAUCAUUCAGUUGAAGCCUAUGAUGGUUCUUGAACAUUCGGAAUGCUGAAUAGGCCGGACUCCAGAAUAGUUAUUUUUUAAUGCUGAAAACUUUGAGGGCAAAGUUUUGAAAAUAGUUGUAUCUGUCAUUGUAUUUUUGUGCAUUCAUAUCAUUGUUCAAUGCUAUAUGUAUAGAUGUACAAUGUAAAGUCUUGUGGGUUUAUUCAAACAGCACAUUCAUGUUUUUGCACAAUGAACUUACAUGUUUUUGGGUCAUUACUUGCAUUUGAAAUGCUUUGUGCAUGUAAGUUAUUUUCAUUGUACAUCGUAUAAAAUUCUGCUUGCCAUCAGGCUCUUAUGAAACCUCAUGAAUAUUUCAAGUCACUCAGACAGAAAUGUUUGAUUGUGUGGCUUUGCUGAAGUAUUUAGGAAUGUGAUAAAUUAGACAGGAGUUUGAAAUCUCAUUAACUAUUUGCCAUAAGUCAUCCCUGUAUAGGUAGGUAUUGAAAACUUCUGGAAUCUUUUUUGUGUUACACAUUUAGUUUGAAUUGUGAUGUUUCCCUGUAUAAAGGUAUGUUGUGCUGAAGUUUUUCAUCCUUUAAAAGGAGAUACGUUGCUUCUCUCAGAGAUGUACAGCUGUGUAGUUUGUGAUGAACAACAGCUUCAAGGUGACAUUUUUCAGUCGUACAGUUUGAUGUCUUUUAUGACAUGUUCAUCAAAUCUCAUGUUAAGUCUAAAAAAAUGGCCUCUUCUAAUACUGCUUCUGAAUAUAAAUCAGUUUGUACCAUUUUAUUAAAUAGGACCACUUUUUGUAGAAAUCCUUUUCUUGCUCAGCUUAGAGUAUUGGUGUUAUUGUGUUUGUGUUAUUGUAAAUAUUGUCUCAAGAGACAAAAUGGUUCUUGUUGAAUAUCUUUAUUCAACAGUGAACUGCAUGUACAUAUGUUUUGGGUUGGUUUUAAGCAUACCCGAAGUUAAAGCCUUCGUGGUGAUACAUGGCAUAUAUACUAGAUACUUGUACAGAUGAGAAGUCAAGUUGACAAUUGACUUGAGAUUCUAAACUGUGUUCAUUAUUCAUUUCGUUGUCUUCAGUUUCCUUAGAAAUAAAUGUUUGCAAACAUUGUGGUGUUUUUCGGUAGCCAAAGACAAGUUGUACUCCACACUGUCAUCUGGAUUAUCUAUGUAUAUAGUUUUAUAUAUAAAUGCAUGACGUAUCCUUGAUCAUGUUUUAUGAUGGGAAGGCUUACCUUUGAUUUUUCUUUUGUAUGCCAUAUUGCACUGUACUUCCAUGGGUCACCUUACAUUGUUCUUGAAUGGAUCACCUUACAUUGUACUUUAUUAACUUUCCUUCAUUGUAAUCGCAUAGGGAGUUGCGCUUGUACAUGUUACCUUAAAUUGUGCUUGCUUAACUCUUCUUUCCUUGUAAUUACAUGUCACCUUAAGUUGUGUUUAUAUAUGUUACCUUAGAUUGUGCGUGAUUAAAUUUUCUUUGCUUGUAAUUACAUGUUACCUUAAGUUGUGUUCAUAUAUGUUACCUUACAUUAUACUUUCUCAACUUUUCUGUGUAAUUACAUAUGUGUAGGUCACCUUAAGUUGUUCUAACCUAUGUUAUCUUACCUGGUAUGAGUUUCUUCUUUCAUGGACUACUUUACAGUCUAGUUGCUGUGGUUAAGGUGGCUUAAGGGCACCUGACAAGCGCAUACAUAUACUGAAAACUUAGGACCAGUGUUAGUUAAUUUGUUAACUGCUUGGAUACUGAGAUGCAUGUGAAUCCGUACACUUCCACACACUAGUUUGAAGGCUGCUGAUAGUGAAUGACUCUAGUUAAUCAAGAACAUUACACGCAUGAGGUAUAUAUGUGUUCAUGUCAGCCAUGUUGUUGCCCACUGAAUAAUGUAAGCCACAUGGGAAGGUCUCAGUAAGCUGGCUGUAGUUUAUACUGGGAUAUAAUAAACAAGAUAUUGCCACAAUAUAGCACAUUGUGUAGUAGGACAGAAUAAUCUAAAUUUCAAGACAACACAAUCCAAACUAAAUGUGUAACACUGGAAAUGUUCACAAAUCCUAGUUUUGUUUGGCAUAAAGAUGAAUAAACUCUUACAUGCAUUUCCAAAAAAUAGGGAAUCUGAUCUAUCUUAAAGCACACAAUAUUUGCAGGUUUUGACCACUUCAGUCUCAAAAUGGCUAGCAAAUACUAAUAGUGCAUAUCAGGGACAAAGGCAUCUGAUAUCUUUGACAAGUGAGUAAGACUUUAACCUAAAGUGUUCAUUCAUUCUCUUACUCAGCAGCUCAUAGUACGUUUUUAUUUAAAUGUUCAAUGCUUUGUAUAAGAAUUACUUCAAGAAUAGCUUAAGCCUUUCACUUUUACCAGUAUUGUUCCAAAACCUUUCAUUAUUUGCAUUAUUUGUUCAGGACCCAGUUGUUCAAAGGUGUAUUAAGAUUUAAGGCUAGUAUAAACCAGAAAGUCUAGACUUAAAUCUGUACGAGGCUCAUA